AUGAUCGUGGAGCGAGACUGGGUGCAGGUCGCCCGGGAAGCGGUGGGGUCGGAAGGUCAAGUCGUUCCGCAGCAGUGGCUGGCCAACACCACCGCCCCGCAGGUCGGAGCGCAGGACCGUCGCAGACUCGACCUCGUCGUGUACGGGGCGCUGCGCAGCGGGGGGGCGCAGUGCUGCGACGCCACGCUGGUUUCCCCGCUCACGCGAUCGGGGCACCCGCAGCCGUGCGCAGCGGCCGUGGACGGAGCCGUGCUGCGGGUGGCUGAGCGCCGCAAGCACGCCGCGUACCCGGAGCUCACGCGAGGGGGGCCGCAAACGCUCGUCGUGCUCGGCUCCGAGGUGGGCGGCCGCUGGAACGCUCAGGCCCGAGGCUUCGUGCGAGACCUGGUGCGUCUCAAGGCGUACCGCGCCCCCCUCCCCGUGCGCGCGGCAGCGACAGCAGCUUGGGCGAGGCGCUGGUGGAGCAUGCUUUCGGUCGCGGUGCAGCAGGCAGUCGCCAGUACGGCUCUUGGAGGUGCCUGGCGGCAGCCGCUGCAACCUGAGGCUGGCGAAGGCCCGCCGCUCGACAGCGUCAUCCAACACGCUGCCCCUGAGGGCCACAGUCGCCUGCCCCUGCGGCCGUAG